AUGGGUCAAGAUCAAACCAAGCCAGCCAAUGCUGGAAGCAAUGAUAUUAAAUUUAGAGGGGUGGAGGUGACCGACAACACCGGCACCGAGACAGGAUUUACCCACUUCGCCAACAGAAGUGACGGGGCCGGCAAGGGCAACAAUAAAAUCGAAGUUGACGAUUUUAAAGCGAGGGGGAACAAGUCACACGUGAACGUACUUACCGACUUCGCCCAGCGCGGUCAGGUGGGCGAGUCAGGCAAACAAGAAAACAAGGAGAACAAGCAACUUCAGCAGGCAAGCAAUUGA